AAAAAAAAUCGAGAUAAAUUUUUAAAAAAAAAAAAAAAAAAACAACCCAACCGGACUCUGCGAAAAAGGUCGAAGGUGGGAGGCGAGGAGGAGCCGCUUCCCCGCCAUUGAGCUGGAUUCAGUGCCUUUGCUGAAGUGUUGCACAUGCUGGAAUUGCCUGACCCCCUGAUGUAUUCCGGGAUGGCAACUAGGUGACGACAGUUGAGGAUGACCCUGACUGAAAAACUGCGCGAGAGGAUAUCGCGGGCGUUCUACAACCACGGGCUGUUGUGUGCUUCCUACCCCAUCCCCAUCAUCCUCUUUACUGGUCUCUGUAUUCUGGCCUGCUGUUACCCGCUGCUGAAGCUGCCGCUGCCUGGAACAGGACCUGUGGAGUACAGCACCCCCGUGAAGGAUUACUCUCCCCCCUCUCCAGAGGUGGGUCUGCAGCAAGGGGACCUCGGCGAGCGUCCCGACUGGUAUGUUGGUGCUCCUGUGGCCUACAUUCAGCAGAUCUUUGUGAAAGCUACCGUCUCCCCAUGGCAGAAGAACUUCCUCGCUGUCGAUGUAUUUCGUUCACCCCUCUCCCGCGUCUUCCAGCUAGUGGAGGAGAUUAGAAACCAUGCCCUGAGAGACAGUUCUGGUGUCAAAAGCUUGGAGGAAGUUUGCCUUCAGGUAACAGACCUUCUGCCUGGCCUCAAGAAGCUGCGGAAUCUGCUCCCCGAACACGGCUGUCUGUUACUGUCUCCAGGGAACUUCUGGCAGAACGACCGAGAGCGGUUUAAUGCUGACCCAGAUAUCAUCAAAACCAUCCACCAGCAUGAACCAAAGACGUUACAAACAUCAGCUACUCUCAAAGAUCUGUUGUUUGGACUGCCUGGGAAGUACAGCGGGGUGAACCUCUAUAACAGGAAGCGAGUGGUAUCGUACACUGUCACACUGGGUCUCCAGCGAUACGAUUCCAGGUUCCUCAGCAGCCUCCGCUCUCGCCUCAAGCUGCUGCACCCCAGCCCUAACUGCACGCUGCGAGAGGAGAGCAUCGUUCACGUCCACUUCAAGGAGGAGAUUGGCAUCGCUGAGCUGAUACCCCUCGUCACCACCUACAUUAUUCUCUUCGCUUACAUCUACUUCUCCACACGGAAGAUUGACAUGGUGAAAUCGAAAUGGGGGCUGGCACUGGCAGCGGUUGUGACGGUGCUCAGCUCUCUCCUCAUGUCCGUGGGGCUGUGCACACUGUUUGGUUUGACACCUACUCUUAAUGGAGGAGAGAUAUUUCCAUACUUGGUUGUAGUGAUUGGCCUGGAGAACGUGUUGGUUCUCACCAAGUCAGUUGUCUCUACGCCCGUUGACCUGGAAGUGAAGCUGCGCAUCGCCCAAGGCUUGAGCAAUGAGAGCUGGUCGAUAAUGAAGAAUAUGGCAACAGAGCUUGGGAUCAUCUUGAUCGGGUAUUUCACCCUUGUCCCGGCCAUCCAGGUCCUGGCAGAAAUUUGUACCUUCGAGGGAAACAAAACGCCUCCCAAAAAUAUUUUAAUUCCGUGGUGCUGGGAAGUUUUGGAUGUAGUGGGGGAGAAGGGAUGUCACUUGGUACUUACGGGGAGUAGGGAGUUCUGCCUCUUUGCUGUGGUCGGCCUGGUGUCUGACUUCUUCCUGCAGAUGUUUUUCUUCACUACGGUGCUGUCCAUUGACAUUCGCCGUAUGGAGCUCGCUGAUCUGAACAAGCGGUUGCCCGCAGAAGCCUGCCUGCCCCCGGCGAAGCCUGCCAGCCGCUCGCAGCGCUACGAGCGCCAGCCAGCCCUGCGGCCUGCCACCCCCCACACCAUCACCCUGCAGCCCUCGUCUUUCAGGAAUCUGCGCCUGCCGAAGAGGCUGCGGGUGAUUUAUUUCUUCGCCAGGACCCGCCUGGCCCAGAGACUCAUCAUGGCGGGGACGGUGAUCUGGAUUGGAAUCCUGGUUUACACGGAUCCUGCUGGUCUCCGCACCUACCUCACGUCCCAGGUCACCGAACAGAGUCCUUUGGGUGAAGCAGGUCUGCCUCCUAUGCCUGUUCCUGGAGGGGUCCUACCUGCUGGGGACCCCAAGAUUGAUCUCUCAGUCUUCCCAUCGGACCCUAUACAGCUGUCAGAAAACCAGACGCAGCAGCGCGAGCAGAAAUCAGGGCUGGAGUCCCUGAGCAGGCUGGAGACAAACCAGCACACGUGGGCCCAAGGACCAGAGGGCAAAGGGAAUGGACAGGCGGAGCUUGGAACUGAAGCAGAGGUUACCUGGGGAGCAGAGGAUGAGGAGAUUUGGAGGAAGCUUUCCUUCAGACACUGGCCAUCUCUCUUCAGCUACUACAAUAUCACCCUGGCCAAGAGGUACAUCAGCAUCCUCCCAGCGAUCCCUGUCACGCUGUACCUGAACCCACAAGAGGCCUUAGAAGUGCGGCAUCCCCAGGAGGCUAACCGCUACCACCCCUUCUUCUCUGCGAGCGCUGGGAAGCUGGACGCUGCAGCUCGGCCUGACCAAGCCUCCUCCAGGCUGCAGGGGCACCAGGAUGUCACUCUUUACAAGGUGGCUGCUCUGGGCCUGGCCUCGGGCAUUAUCCUGGUCCUCCUGCUCUUCUGCCUGUACAGGGUGUUCUGCCCCAAAAACUACGGGCAGAACGGGCUCUCGCACAGCAGGAGGAAGAGGGGGGACCUGCCCUGUGACGAUUACGGCUACUCCCCGCCCGAGACCGAGAUCGUCCCCUUGGUUCUCCGGGGUCACCUCAUGGACAUCGAGUGUCUGGCGAGCGACGGGAUGCUGCUCGUCAGCUGCUGCCUGGUGGGCCAGAUCCGCGUGUGGGACGCUCAGACUGGCGACUGCCUCACCGUGAUUCCCAAACCCAGGUUGCGAAGGGACAGCAGUGGCGUUUUUGAUUACCAGGAGAGUUGGGAUCAUAGUCCGGAUGGCAAGAAUGGUCCGGACGACUCUUUCGAGAACAGCCACCAGCUCAAAAGGAUGCUGAGCGCCCCGCAGCCUCUGCUUUUCUGCGACCAGCCAGACCUCACGUCUCUCAUCGACACGAACUUCUCCGAGCGGGUGAAGGUGGCCGAGUCAGAGCCGCGGCUCCGUGCGGUGGGCGGCCGCCAGAAGGAGACGGGCUACGACUUCAGCAGCCUGGUCGGGAAGGCGUACGAGGAGCACGGCACCUCCAACGGCCUGAGCUUCGCCGGGCCCCCCGCCCCGCCCGGGCAGGCCGGCUUCUGCGCGGGGAGCGGCGGCGCCCGGGGCUGCGGGGCCGAGGAGGGCGGCUGCGCCGGCCGCAGGAGGAGCCUGGGGGACGACCCCCUGACGGGAUUUGACGGAUCGUCCCCGCUUCCUUCCUGGGGGGGAGACUUGGAGAGCUCUGUCUGGAGCCUGGACCUGCAGGGGAAUCUGAUCGUGGCCGGCCGGAGCAACGGGAAGCUGGAGGUCUGGGAUGCCAUCGAGGGGACCCUCCGCAGCAGUAACGAGGAGAGCCAGUCUGGCAUCACCGCGCUCGUCUUCCUGAACAACAGGAUCGUCGCUGCCCGCUUGAACGGCUCGUUGGAUUUCUUUUCGCUCGAGACACGCACGUCCCUGAACCACCUGCAGUUCCGAGGAGCCCCGAGCAGGAGCAGCAUCCCGUCCUCCCCCGUGUUCAGCGGCGGCGACAUCAUCGCGUGUCAGCUCACCCACACCGUGUCCUGCGCCCACCAGAAGCCCAUCACGGCGCUGAAGGCUGCGGCAGGACGCCUGGUCACUGGGAGCCAGGACCACACUCUGAGAGUGUUUCGGCUGGAAGACUCGUGCUGUUUGUUCACGCUGCAGGGUCACUCGGGGGCCAUCACGGCCGUCUACAUCGACCAGACGAUGGUGCUGGCGAGCGGAGGCCAGGACGGUGCCAUCUGCCUCUGGGACGUGCUGACGGGGAGCAGGGUCAGCCACAUGUACGCCCACCGAGGGGACGUCACGUCCCUCACCUGCACAACGUCCUGCGUCAUCAGCAGCGGCUUGGACGACGUGAUCAGCAUCUGGGACCGCAGCUCGGGGAUCAAGCUCUAUUCAAUCCAGCAGGAGCUGGGCUGCGGCGCCAGCCUGGGCGUCAUCUCCGACAACCUCCUGGUGACGGGGGGCCAGGGCUGCGUCUCCUUCUGGGACAUCGGCUACGGGGACCUGCUGCAGACCGUCUACCUGGGCAAGAGCAACGAGGCGCAGCCGGCGCGGCAGAUCCUGGUGCUGGAGAACGCCGCCAUCGUCUGCAACUUCGGGAGCGAGCUCAGCCUGGUCUACGUGCCCUCGGUGCUGGAGAAGUUGGACUGAGGGGAGGGGGGCACACGGGGGGCCCAGAGCCCCUCUGGGUGUUGAAGGGGGGGGGGCUCUGUCCCUCCUAAACCGGACUUUUGUCACCUGAUGGUUGUGGGUCCGCGCCCUCCUCCCCGACACCCCCCCCCCCCUAUUUCCUGCACCUUCCGUGAGGGCUCCCCCCAGGGAGGGGGCAAGGACUGAGCACCCUGCACAGGAUGGGGCCACGGGGGGGGGGACACACCCCAUCACCCUCUGCCUGUACCCCACCCCCGGCUCGUGGGGGACCCCCCCAGCCCAGGCACUUGGCCCCCAAGUGCCUUAGAGCGUGGGCAGGGCGCCCCCCCCCCCCCGCCCUAUUUAUUUAUACGCUGUAUAUAUUUAUUUAUUAUGGCAGGAGAGCGCUGGGGCAGCCACCCGCCUCCCUCCUCCUCUGCCCGGUUUGCAGCAAUAGCACCUUCCUCCUCCUCCUCCUCCUCCUCCUCCCUGGGUGGGGCUGGAGGAGGCUCCUCAGGCUGGGAGGGGGCAGGCAGCCCUUGCCCCCCCCCUCUCCCGGGUGUGGGGGGAAGAGGAGGCAGCAGGACCCAAAACUCCUCCAGUGGGGGCCGGGAGGACACCACCCCCCCCACCCCCAGUCCCUCCAGUGCUCCCAUCGUGUCUGGGCUGGGGGGCUCGGGGGGGGGGGACCCCAGGGCCUGGGUGCGGCUGCGGGGGGGUGGGGGUGGCGAGGGGGGGUCCUUAGUUUCGCCCCCCCCCCCCCCAGCCUCGGGUGGCCUUAGCCCAGCUGUACGCUUUGUUCUGUACAGGGGACGCUUUUUGUACCAGAUCGUGUUUUAUAACGUGUACGAGGACACCUCCAGUAAACAGAACUAACCCGA